AGAAAGCAAAGACCCAACGACUCCAACCAAGUUUCCCAAUUCCAGGGGCGGCUCGGUCCGCGCCGUCCAGCCCCAGCCGAGCGCAGGUGAGCCCGCCGGUGGAGGCGGCUUUCCAGGUGCGUUUCCAGAUGAAGACCUUCUUGAUAUAAACACCUUCCCGUAACAUCUGUAUGAUGAGCAUCAUCCAGGAAGGUGAACUCCACUUAAGAGACUCUUGGCUAUUGAUGUAUACCUUGCUCAAGCCCUGCAACAGAAAUUAGAUUUUCUUUAAAAAAAAACAGCUCUGUUUGCUGUGACUUGGUAGACCUACUAGUGCUGGCCUUGCCAGUGAAGAUUUUUGGACUUCUUUUCCUACUUGGCUGUAAGCCAACAAGAUGAUCGAUUUGAGCUUCCUUACAGAUGAAGAGCAGGAGGCAAUUCUGAGAGUGUUGCAGCGGGAUGCAGACUUAAAGAAGGCCGAAGAGGAGAGAAUCAGGAAUUUACCUGAAAAGGUAAAAGAUGAUGUCCAAGUCAAGAAUAUGAGUGGGCAGUGGUUUUAUGAAGCCAAGGCAAAGAGGCACAGAGAGAAAAUACAUGGAGCCGAUAUUAUCCGGGCAUCAAUAAGAAGAAAGCCCUUGACAAUAGCUGAGCUGAGUCAGAGUAAGGCUGGAAAUACCAAAAGCAGCUGGGUGAACAAUGUCAACAAAGAGAUCUUUGUGUCAUCGGAACAGUUGGGUGUCAUACAAGAUAAGGAAGAGGAAUCCAAAUCUAACCAGAGCCCUAAAAUGUCCAAUGCAGCCUCCAAUACAUUACAGAAACCCCAGGAAGAAACAAGGAAGGCAGCUUUUUCCCCAUCUAAGCAAAGGAAAAAUCCGUUUAAUGACUCAACUGGAUCAGAAGAUAAUGCAAAAACUGAACAGCCUGAAAAUGGAAUGACUGAUUCAUCAGAAGCAACAGAGGAAGUCACUCUUUUACCUUCCGUAGAAAACAAACCCAGAGUAAAUUUACCCAACUACAGCGUAGCAGAAGCAUGUGAACAACCUUCUUCAACAUUUAGGCAGACAGAAAAACUGCCUGUACCCAAAGCUAGGAAGAACAUCCACAAGACCUCUGAUGAAAGCUUGCAGAAUAAAGAUUCCUUACCCAAAGCACCUAGAAGGAUCAAGCAGGUCAAUGGCCAAGGACGGACACCCAAGAGCAUCCUGAAACGAAGCUCUAGUUCAAGUUCCACAGAUUCUGAAGUGUUGCGUCUCAGUCAAGCCUUGGAGCCACCUAACAAAAGCGGGUUGCCAACCUCCCCCAUCCUUGAAGAUGUGGCAGAGAAGAGCCCUACCCCAGGGGAAGACCAUUCUCCAAACUCACUAAAGCAGGUCAGGUUCUCCUCCAGCGUAAAUAAAAACGAACGUCUGGCGAAACUCAAGUUGCGUGAGGGCAAAGAACUUGGGGAGUUCAGUUUGUUAGACACCAACUCGGUUAAGGCCAAUGAGAAUGAAGUCAAUUAUUUAGGCGGUCCAUCUUCUUCAGCAAAGCCAGCAUGGUCCUAUUCUCCGUCUUUAGAUGGUAACGUGAAGGAUGGACCCGAAUCUCAAGAAGGAGAAAUACCUUCAGGUUCCUACAGCUUUAAUGACUCAGGUCUUCCAUCGUUGGUGAAAAGUCCUCCCGCAGAAGUUGCACUUCCAGGGGAACCAUCCAGGAAGAUGGUUCCCAGCACCAUGGACAGCGAAACUAUUCCAAAUGUGUCUCAGUCCAAAACUAAGCAGCUGAAUCCUGAGCCAUGUGACACCACACAACCCAGUGCUGGCCAGGAGUUGCGUUUGGCUGAGGCAGAGGAAGCCAUGUUGCCAAAAUCUAGCCUUGCAGACCCUGAACAAGGUAAGCCUGCUCUUGUUGUGGGUCACAGUGUUGACAAACGUGCUGCUGAAAAUUUGAAGGCUGCUGAUGAAUCCAUAUCCAAAGUGCUAGACUGGUUCAAAAGAAGUUCCAGUACUGGUGAGAAAGAAACAGUUUUGAUAACCUCUCAGGAAAGGCCGUUUGCAGAGGAGAGGGACGCCCCAAAGUCAGUGGAAUGGUCUGCAAUCGGAGAAGAUAAAGGGUCAAAUACAGAUCUGCUAAAUCUGAAACCCUCUCUGUAUCAAAGAGGAGGGUCGAUGAGCAAAGACUUAAGGCUCCAAGAUGUCGUAAAGCAACCAGGACAAUUAUCAUUUUCGGAAAACAAAAGUCCAAGCGAUGUGGUCCUAGGAGACCAACCUCCUUCUAAUCAAAGCAAAGAAAACGAGAAUGCAACUUCUCACAAUAUUCAUAGCAUGAAGAGAACCCGUUUCCAGACCGUUGAUCAGAGUGAGGAGAAGACGGAUGAAAACAAUCUAAAAGACAUACGUGGAGACGCUGUUGAGGGUAAAACAUACGUGGAUUUGAAAAACUCUGAUGCUUCUUUCAGAAGUGGAAUGAAAAAAGAAACCAGUUCACAGAUUGAUGGAGAGAGAGAUGUUAAAUCUUUCUUGGAGGAAGAAAACAUGGAGCUUAAACCUGGAGAAACUCUGAAAGAUCCUACAGGAAAGGACUGCAAUUUUCUAGACGCCGAAAAUAUGGCCCAUGCCACCAAUAAAAGCAACCUGGUCCUGCAACAACAUGAGGUACAACAACCAUCAAUGAUAGGAGAUAAAAAAAGAGUCAAGGAUGUGAAGGCUUUCUGGGAAGCUGGGAAGAUGACUCCAGAGCUCGGGAAUAAGGACGUUCUUAGAAAUGAAAAUAUGUCUAAUUACACAAAGGAAUACGGUAGGCUCAAACCAGUACGUGGACCUUCCAGAUAUGUAACCAGUGAAUCUGACAAUGAAGAAAGUAAAUAUAAUUUAGUUACCUUCAGAAAAGUUGAGCUAAGUGAGGAGGACUCUGAAGUGGAAGAUGAUGAUGUUAAGUUUUCAGGAACAAGUGGGACCAUCCAAGGGGAUAAAUCUAUGGAAAGCCAAGACAUUAAUAUAGCUAAUGAAGUACUUUCAAACGACCAGAAAAAUACUAAAGUUAUGGGAUUGUUGAAUAAGAGCAAUUUGCAGCCGAGUUACAAAGAUAUGUCAUCUUCUAAAGAAAGUGAAAGGCCAAAAGUCACUGCUCUAGAAAAAAAGACUAUUCUUCAGCCAAAAUCUCCUUUUAAGAUUCAUUCACUGAAAGAAAAAAUAGAUGAAGAAUCCAGGUCUCAAAUGCUCAACCCUUCCCAAUUCCAGAACCUGAGAAACUUUUGGGAUACGGGCUCUAAAUUUCAGAGCAAAAUUGAGGAAACCACCCCACAGAGAAUUGGAAAUAGCCAAGCCAUUUUGGAUGAUGGAAGAUCUGGUUUUCCUCCUCAGGAAGACGGAACGAAGAAACCCAUGACUAAGAUUUCACACCAAAGUCCUUUAGCAGAAACCACGUUUUCCCCAUCAGCAACUACAGUACCCAUGCGUUUAGAUUCCGUCCCAAUGAGGGACAAGGACUCCUCUCUCGUGCUUCCAGAAAAGGAACAGGCAGGAAUAAAAAUGGUUUCACCAGAAAUACAGCAUAAUGUUGUUCGCAGGAGUUUUCAACCAACAGUGUUGGUUGAAAAGGAGUCCCCUUGCCCUCCAAGACAUGAGAAAGGGAUUCCACUUGUAGAGUUAGUAGGAAAGCAUCCAAUAGUUCCCAAUGAUCAGAUUCGAGAACCUGGUUUUGUCUUUCCAGAUCCAAAUGGAAAGGCUGGACUUAAAACAAGUGAGGUUGUAGAGAUUGUAAAUAGGACUUUGGUCCCACCGAAAGCUGCAGCCAGUAAUGCUUUUAAUGCUAGUUUGGAGAAGUUACUUGAGGAAACAUCUGAUCUACAGGCCUCUCUCAGGCAUCAUUUAAUAAUGGAUGUUUCUGAACCAGCAGAUCCUACAUCAGAGAAAAGGGAUUUUUUUAAUAAGGUGAUGGAGUGCAGCCAUCAUUCCUAUCCCAGUGAUCCAAAAGAGAUUCUUUCUCAAACAGAAGGAACUGUUGAAAAACAGGACUUACUCCAAAUUCAACCUGUGGAAUUCACAACUAGCAUGGGAAGUUUGCCUCAAUCAUUGGAAGAAUUAAAACCUGUGCCAAUGAAAGCCCCCAACAAAGAGGACAGGCAAAGGUAUUUAAAGGAUAAUCCUGCCUGGGAAAAGAACUUGCUCUUUCCAUCACUAGAGCUGAUACAAUCUGAUAUCUGUGGUGCAGCUCAGAACAGAACAGACUGUCCUCAAGAUGAAGUUUUUGAGAUGGUAUCCAAAAAUAACAUCCCACCAAACAGAGAAUGCAGCGAUUUGAAUGCCAAACUCAUCAGUCUGUUGAAAGAAUCGGCAACAUGGCCCACUAAUGAGGACAUUUUGGAAGCACCGUUUGAUGGUACUCCUAAAGAGAGUCAACAAAAGUCCUACCAACAGAAAGACUUGGCUUCAUCCCAAACAUCCAGUCAUUUGAGAGAGACUGUGGGUGAGAUUGUUGCGGGAAGCAAAGAUACAAACAAAGAUGAAAAUGUCAAGAUUGUCCCACAAGAUGGCACAGCGGAAGCAACUGAAGAAUAUACACAUCCUAAGGAGAGAAUCCGAAGAGAAUUAGCUGGGGAGCAGCCUCUGGACAAGACGGAAACAGCUGUGAAAACUAUUAAACCCAAAUCAUGCGAUCCUGCAGCAUUUAGAGCCAAUUUAAAACAAAUACUUAAUGAAGAUUCAACACUUGGAGACAUAGAAAUUCCUAAACUUACACGAUCCACAUUACAGCCUGAUCCAUCUAUGAGCUCAGUUUGUGCCAAAGAUACAAUGGAUAUUCAGGAAGUAAUUGAAAGAGUAGAAAAAUCUAGUGUUCCUUCCACUUCUAGACAGGAUGAGUUCAAAGCCCGUUUCCAAACAUUACUCAAGGAAAACUCUGAAAUCUUAUCACGUAGCCAGAAAAUCACAGAAAGCAGCAACGAGUUGCAAAUAAACAAAAAGUCUACUGAGAACAGAGAUUUUAUCAGUCAGCAAGAAACAGACUGUGUUCAAGAAGUCAAUGAAACUGCCAACAAGACUAGCGCACCAUCCGGAUUUCAACAAAGUGAAUUUAAUUCCAGAUUACAGAAAUUACUUAAGGAAGCUGCUCAGGCGCCACCUUCUCCACAUUCAAAUCUUCCUCAAGAAGAAACCAUCAUGAAAUCAGUUGCUCCUGCAAAAGAGGAUCGGGCAUUAAAAUCAAAUUUAGAAAAAUUAAUUUUGGAACAUUUCAAUCCUGCUUGUCAGCUGCCCACAGUCGACUGCAAGAAAAUUGCCAGCGAUUCAACACCUGAUUUAGAUGAACAAGGGUUACCUGUACCAAUGCCAACAUUGAUGGAGACAGCGUCGAGUGAUUCCCGUAGCGAAUUUAAGGUCCCACUUACCGAGAAGGCCUCCAAGCAAACUGACGGAGGAGCAAAGAUUUCGGAGAACGUGGCCUUCCCAAAAAUAUUCCAUCCUAACCUAGCAUCUUCAGAAACCCUGUGUCUGGAAAAAGAUAAGGAUUUUCCUUCCACAGCCGAUAAGACAGAGGACAGAAGUAUGCAACAGAAAGAAACAGAGUUUUCCACUUCAUUAAUUGAUGCCAACAGAAGCCUGAUUGUGGAGCAUGCGUUGCAAAGAUCAAGCACCCCCGUCUAUGGAAGUCCUCUCCAAACCAAGGAAGUGGAGCUUCAUCCUACUGUCCCUUCCGCUGAUGAUGACAACGUUGAUGAUGGAGGUGCCAAGAAUUGUGAGUCAGAUUUUUCAGAGGAAAAUAAAUCCAUUCCAGGAAGCCAAAGAGAUCCGAUAUGUUUGGAGGAAGAGCUGAAUCCUGUUAUGAAGGCUCUGAAAAGGAAUUCAAAUAGGCAAAUUCCUUCUAAAAGUGUAGAGGAUAUACCAUCCGCCACCUCAAAUAAAGAAAAAAUAAGCCUUGCCAGGGAAGACUUAGUGCUUAGUGCUGAAGAUGUUUCCACAGCACCUUCUUUCUCCGACAAUCAGUUUUCGCGUCCGGAAAAAAUUAAGAUGAUGAGCAAAUCGGUCCCAGCUUUCCUUCAGGAUGAGAGCGAUGACAGAGAGACAGAUACAGCAUCAGAGAGCAGUUACGUACACGGGAGAAUCACAAAGAGCCCGAGUUCCCUAACCAAUCUUAGUGGCUCUUCUGGCUUGGCAUCCUUGUCUUCUGUGAGCACCAGUAUGAUGAGUGUGUACAGUGGAGAUUUUGGCAACGUGGAUGUGAAAGGGAAUCUCCAGUUUGCCAUUGACUAUGUGGAACAGUUGAAGGAGUUCCAUAUUUUUAUCGCCCAGGGCAAGGAUUUGGCAAUUGCAGACGUAAAAAGGCAACGUUCAGAUCCAUAUGUGAAGAGUUACCUGCUACCAGAAAAACAUAAACUGGGCAAAAGAAAGACAUCUGUGAAGAAGAAGACGCUGAAUCCUGUAUACAAUGAGAUAUUACGGUAUAAAAUAGACAAAGCUGUUUUGGAGAGUCAAAGGUUGAAUAUCUCGGUUUGGCAUCACGAUACUUUUGGGCGGAAUAGUUUCUUGGGUGAAGUGGAGCUGGAUUUGGCAAACUGGGACUGGAAGGACAGUCAGAACAAACAAAUGAUCUGGUACCCACUGAAACCAAGGACUCCCUUAAAAGGAUUAGAGCUUGAAAACAGAGGGGAGAUAAAGAUAGCUCUCCAGUAUGUCCCACAGCCUGUUGGAGGCAAAAAGAUUCCAGCUACCGGUGAAGUUCACAUUUGGGUGAAACAAUGCAAUGACCUGCCUGUCCUCAGAGGUCCAAAACUCAAUUCCUUUGUGAAGUGUACCGUUCUUCCGGAUACAAGCAGAAAGAGCCGUCAGAAAACGAGAGCUAUUGCGAAGACAACAAAUCCCAUCUUUAAUCACACCAUGGUUUAUGAUGGCUUCAAACCUGAAGACUUGAAAGAAGCAUGCGUGGAACUUACUGUUUGGGAUCAUAACAAACUUGCCAACCAUUUCCUAGGAGGACUUAGAAUAGGACUUGGAACAGGCAAAAGCUAUGGCACUGUAGUGGAUUGGAUGGACUCUACUUUAGAUGAAGCCACCUUAUGGGAAAGAAUGAUCAAUUCUCCCAACACUUGGGUAGAAGACACACUGCCACUCCGGAUGCUGAUGGUAGCAAAAAUGACGAAAUAAAAAUAACACCCUUAUAAAUUGCUUCCAGUUGAUAUGAUUUUUCUGGAGUUUGCUGGAGAGAAGAGCCAGAAAGAUACAGAGAAGAAUGUCUAGGCUGAUCAACUCUUCCAUCAGUUAAAUUUCAGCAGGGGGCAUCUUUAUGCUGUAUAUAACUUGACCUUGCUUUUUGCUGGAUGCUACCACCAUAAAACAUGUGUCUACUUAUUACCUGGUACUGAGUUUUAAAUUAAACUCUUUUCAUCUUUAAUAAACACUGUAUGUAUUAAAACAUGAAAUGU